AUGGCAUCCACACAAACACUCCUGGUGACCGGCGCCAACGGUUACAUUGGCACCCACGUGGUCGGUCUCGCCCUCGAGCGCGGCUACAAGGUUCGCGCCACGGCCCGAUCCGAAUCCUCCUUUGCCAACCUCCGCUCAACCUUCCCCGAAGCCGCUUCAUCAGACCGCCUCACCUUCGCCAUCGUCCCGGAUAUCACCAAGCACGAGUCCUACAAGGACGCCCUCGCCGGCGUUACUGGCAUCGUCCACACAGCGUCCCCUUUCAUCGUCGACCCCAAGGACAACGAGGCCGACCUCCUCCAACCCGCCAUCAACGGCUCCGUCGCCAUCCUCGAGGCUGCGAAGCAGUAUGGCGCCCAAGUAAAGAGCAUCGCCAACGUCUCAUCGUUCGCGUCCGUCAUCGACCUGUCACAGGGCUACCGCGCGGGAUAUGUCUACACCGAGAAGGACUGGAACCCCAUGACGUACGAGGAGGCGGCCAAGACAGACAGCGGCGUGGCGGCGUACUGUGCUUCGAAGGGACUCGCUGAGAGCGCGAUGUGGAAGUGGAUGGGCGCGAACAAGGAUGUCGCCUUUACGCUGGCCAACAUCUGCCCUCCUUGGGUGUUUGGUCCCUACCUAGGCAAGCUCGACCUCAACCGGCUAGCGACGUCGGUCGGUCUCUUGUGGAAGCUGGUUGGCGCCGAGUCGGUCUUCCCGACGGACUUUGCCGCAUCGACCGACGUCAAGGAUGUUGCCCAGGCUCUGCUCAACGCCAUUGAGAGGCCCGAGGCUGCUGGUGAGAGGUUCAUCAUCGGCACACACUUUGACUGGCAGACUGCGGCGGAUGUCCUUCGCGAGGCAGUCCCGGAGUUGAAGCACAGGAUUCCGGAGGGUCGUCCCGGAUAUGGCAAGAUCGAGGAGACGUACAACAUUGACACUAGCAAGGCGGAGAAAGUUCUGGGGAUCAAGCCUACCCCUCUCGAGGUCACGCUCAAGGAGAGCAUCCACCAGAUGCUCGCAGCCGAGAAGGCGUCCAAGUCUGCUUGA